AGGAUGCAAAGUUCACCGUUGGAUUUUUUUUUGGCAACCCAUCCCAUCUUUUUGCUCCCCUCCAUCCAUCCUCUGAGCUUGGUCUUUCACUCGGUGUGAGCCACACUGAGAGCGUCGCAUCAAGCCCAACCCGGGAUCGUGUCCGCCCAGCCCCGAGGCCCGAGUGCAGGCAGCUGUGUUGGUGCGCUCCAGCGGCGUCCUCCUGCAGACCAUGUGUGAGUGUCUCCGUGGAAUAUUCCGAGUCACCUGGACACCUUCCUCUGAUGCAGACUCUGACAGAGACGAAGACGACGGCCAUGUUUGCAGCACGAGCAGAGAUCAAGCUGUAAAAGAUAAGAGGCGGUCUCCCCCCUCCAGCAGACCCCCCACUGGCCCGCAGCGCAACCCUCACCACAGCAGCUCUGCAGAGGAACACGAGAGUCCAGAGAGAGUGGAGCAGAAGGAGAAACUCCAUGCAGAGUUGAAGCAGGUGCUGAGUCAGAAGAGAAGUCACCUGAGAGAGUCCACCUGUCAACUGGCCCAACCAGAGAUGGACCCAGGGGCUGACAAUGAACCAACUGUCGAUGUGGCGGUCUCCAAGCCACAGGAGAUCGUGGUGGAGACGGAGGCAGAGGCCGGAGCUAGCGGCUACAGCGUGACGGGUGGAGGAGAGCGAGGGAUCUUUGUCAAAGACGUACUCAAAGACUCGCCCGCCGCCAAACAUCUCAGUCUGCAGCAAGGUGACCAGCUGCUGAGCGCCAAGGUGUACUUUGACAACGUGAGGUAUGAAGAUGCUCUGAAAAUCCUCCAGUGUGCCGAGCCCUACAAGGUCAGCUUCCUGGUUAAGAGGACCGUCCCAGGAGCGGACAUCAGUGUGAGGCCCCGCGUGCCCAGUGUGGAGGUUAAAGGUCCCAAAGCCAAGAUGGCCAAAAUGAGCGUGAAGGGCACCAAGGCAUUCAAGGCCAAGAAAAAACGAGGCGGCCGCUUCGGUCUGAAGAGGCUGAAGGAGAAGCGUCGAGAGGAGCUGGUCAUCGAGGGAACACCGCCCAGGCUGGAGAUAAGUGACGUGGACGUGGAGUUUUCUCUCCCUAAAUUCCAACACAGGAAGAGCGCCCACCUGGAGGAGGCAGAAAGGGGUGCUGCAGUGAAGACAAAGAGGAAAAUCAGGUUUCCUCGCAUGAAGACAAAAGGUCAGACUGGAGGAAAAGACGAUAGCGGACGCCUGGAGGGAGCACUGAAUAUCUCCCCAGCUGAGAUUCCUGGAGCUAAAGCAAAAAGCAAAGCAAAAGGACACAAGUUUGGAAUCAGCUUUCCAAAGACCACCAAGUCUGGAUCUGUGGAGCUUAAGAAGCCAGAUAUGAACAUCCAGCCUCCAUCGGUGGAGUUUAGUCUGCCUGCUGGUCAAGAGGAGCAAGGAGCAAGCUUUAUUUCCCCUGAUGUAGAGUUUGCUUUUCCUUCCGGCAAAGCUGAAGCCUCUUUGCCCACUGGGAAGGGAAAGGUGGAAAUUAAAGCUCCAAAAGUAGAAGUUAGAGGAGCAGAAUCUGAAGCCACUCAGGGAAAAGUUGAAGUAGAGUCAGGAAAAGGAGAUGCUAAAGUCAGAAUGCCAAAGAUAAAACUUCCCAAAAUGAGACUCUCACAUCAUUUGGAUGACAGCGAUGAUCAAGGCGUCAAGGUUAAAGUUCCUCAAGAAGACAUUAAGGCAGAAAUGAAAGCUGAAAGUGGGAUUGAAGUGCACAUCCCCAAACCAAAGAUUGAAGCAGACCUUCCUUCCAUGAGCAUGCCUUCUAUUGAUAUAUCUUUACCCAAAGGAAAAGCUGACGCGGACAUCUCCGUGCCUGAACUGGAGCUGGAUGUUGGCAGAUUUCCUGAUGAGGUGGAAGGCACUUUUAAAGGACCGGAAAUUUCUAUGCCCACACUUGAUAUCUCUUUAUCAAAGAUGGGAUCCUCUGAUGGGGAAGUGGAAGGUUCUGGAAGUGCAGGGAAGUUUAGUCUGCCUUCUGUAGACGUUUCCCAACCCAAAGUGAAGGCAGAAGCUGGAGACAUAGACAUGGACGUUUACAUUGGUGGAGAUGGGAAGUUCAAACUGCCUAAUUUUAAUGUAUCCCUGCCAAAGGUCAAACCACAGAAAGGAGAAGUCCAUCUCAAAGGAGCAGAUGUUGAAGGAGGCGUCAAGUUACCCACUGUGGACAUGACUCUUCCCAAAGGCAAAGACCUUGACAUUGACAUUGACUUUUCUAUUGAAAGUCCUAAAGAUGGAAAGGUCGCUAUGCCAACUGUUGAUGUUUGCCUUCCCAAAGCUGUAGGAGACCUGGAUAUUGAAGGACCUGAUGUCAAAGGAGGAAAGUUCAAUAUGCCAACAUUGGAUAUUUCUUUGCCAAAAGCCAACCUUCCAGAGGGCGGAAUCAAACUGAAAGGUCUGGAAUACAGUGGAGCAAAGGUUGAGAUGCGUGACUUCGAUGUUUCACUUCCAAAAGGAAAAUCUGAGGGGGGUGUCAAUCUUGAAGGUGCUGAUGUCAAAGGAGGAAAGUUGAAAAUGCCAAAGUUUGAUGUUUCUUUACCAAGUGUAAAUCUCCCAGAGGGUGGUGUUAAACUAAAAGGUCCAGAACUCAAGGGUGGAAAGGUAGAAAUGCCAGACGUUGCUGUCUCACUUCCCAAAGGAAAAGUUAAGGGUGAUUUUGGCAUUGAAGGUCCAGGAAAGUUUAAAAUGCCAGCAUUAGACGUAUCAGUCAAUCUCCCAGAGAGUGGCAUUAAACUGAAAGGUCCGGAGUUCAGUGGAGGAAAGAUUGAGAUACCUGAUUUAGACAUUUCCCUUCCCAAAGGAAAAGUUGAAGGAGACUUUGACAUUCAAGGUCCUAAUGUCAAAGGAGGAACGUUCAAAAUGCCAUCAUUGGAUGUUUCUUCACCAAAAGUCAAUCUUCCAGAAGGUGGUAUCAAACUAAAAAGUCCAGACUUUGAGGGAAGGAAGAUUGAGAUUCCUGACUUAGAGGUUUCACUUCCCAAAGGAAAACUUGAGGCUGACCUUGAUGCUGAGGGUCCAGAGACGAUGGAGGGCAAGUUUAAAAUGCCAAAGUUUGAUGUUUCUUUACCAAAAGUCAAUCUUCCAGAGGGUGGACUUGAACUAAAAGGUCAUAAACUCAAGGAAGCAGCAAUGGAAAUGCCAGACAUUGAUAUCUCACUUCCCAAAGGAAAAGUUGAAGGAGACUUUGAUAUUGAAGGUCCAGAUGUCAAAGGAAGAAAGCUCAAAAUGCCAACGUUGGAUGUUUCUUUACCAAAAGUCAGUCUUCCAGAAGGUGGCAUCAAACUAAAAGGUCCAGACUUUGAGGGAACGAAGAUUGACAUGCCUGACUUAGAGGUUUCACUUCCCAAAGGAACACUUGAAGCUGACCUUGAUGUUGAAGGUCCAGAGAUAAAGGGAAGCAAGGUUAAAAUGCCAAAGUUUGAUGUUUCUUUACCGAAAGUCAGUCUUCCAGAGGGUGGACUUAAACUAAAAGGUCCAGAACUCAAGGAAGCAACAAUGGAAAUGCCAGACAUUGAUUUCUCACUUUCCAAAGGAAAAGUUGAGGGUGACGUUGACAUUGACGGUCCUGAUCUUAAAGGAGGAAAAUUCAAAAUGCCAAGAAUAGAUGUUUCUUUACCAAAAGUCAAUCUUUCAGAGAGUGAUCUUAAAAUAAAAGGUCCAGAACUCAAGGGAGGAAAGAUGGAAAUUCCACAUGCUGAUGUCUCAAUUCCCAAAGGAAAAGUUAAAGGUGACUUUGAUAUUAAAGGUCCUGGAAAGUUCAAAGUGCCAGCGCUAGACGUGUCUUUACCAAAGGUUAAUCUCCCAGAGGGUAGGAAUAAACUAAAAGGUCCACAAUUUGAUAUUUCCCUCCCCAAAGAAAAAGUUGAGGGAAACUUUGACAUUGAAGGUGGUGACGUCAAAGGAGGAAAGUUCAAAAUGCCAACGGUGGAUGUUUCUCAACCUAAAGUCAAUCUUGCAGAGGGUGGUGUUAAAACAAAAGGUCCAGACUUUGAAAGAAGGACGAUUGAGAUGCCUGACUUAGAUAUUUCUCUUCCAAAAGGAAAACCUGAAGCUAAUCUUGCUGCACGGGGUCCACAGAUGAAGGGUGGCAAAUUUAAAAUGCCGAAGUUGGAUGUUUCUUUACCAAAAAUAAACCUCCCAGAGGGUGGUGUAAAGCUUAAAGGUCCAGAGUUCAGUGGAGGGAAGAUGGAAAUACCAGAUGUUGAUGUCUCAUUUCCCAAAGGAAAAGCUGAAGGGGAAAUAGAUUUUGAAGAACAUGUUGGCAAAGGAGGAAAGUUCCACAUGCCCUCUGUUGAUAUUUCUCUUCCUAAAAUGAAAGCAAAAGUUCCAGAGAUGAAUAUUGAAGGUCCUGGCAUCAAAAGUGGAAAGGUCUCAAUACCAACUGUUGAUGUUUCCCUUCCCAAAGUUGAAAGAGACAUGGAUAUUGACGCUCCUGAUGUCCAAGGAGGAAAGUUUAAAAUGCCAACUAUGGAUGCUUCUUUACCAAUAGUCAAUCUUCCAGAGGGUGGAAUCAAAAUAAAAGGUCCAGAACUCAAAGGAGGAAAUAUGGAAAUGCCAGAUGUGGACAUCUCCCUUCCCAAAAUAAAAGCAGAGGGAGAAAUAGGAAUUGAAGGAAAAGUUGGCAAAGGAGGAAAAUUUCAUAUGCCCUCUGUUGAUAUUUCUUUUCCUAAAAUGAAAACAAAAGGCCCAGAGAUAAACAUUGAAGGUCCUGAUGUUAAAGGUAGAAAAGUCCCCUUGCCAACUCUUGAUGUUUCCCUUCCCAAAGUUGAAGGAGACUUUGAUAGUGAAAACCCGAAUGUUAAAGGAGGAAAGUUAAAAAUGCCAGCGAUGGAUGUUUCUUUACCAAAAGCCAAUCUCCCAGAGGGUGGCAUCAAAGUUAAAGGUCCAGAGUUCAGUGGUGCAAAGAUUGAAAUGCCUGAUUUAGAUAUUUCACUUCCCAAAAGAAAAGUUGAGGGUGAUGUGGAUCUUCAAUGGCCUAAUGUCAAAGGAGGUAAGUUCAAAAUGCCAACAAUGGAUGUGUCUUUACCAAAAGUCAGUCUUCCAGAGGGUGGAAUCAAAAUGAAAGGUCCAGAACUCAAAGAAGGAAAGAUAGAAAUGCCAGAUGUGGACGUCUGUAUUCCUAUAAUAAAAACAGAGGGAGAAAUAGGAAUUGAAGGACAUGUUGGCAAAGGAAGUAAGUUUCAAAUGCCCUCUGUUGAUAUAUCUCUUCCUAAAAUGACAACAAAAGAGAUAAACAUUGAAGGUCCUGACAUGAAAGGUGGAAAGGUCUCCAUGCCAACUGUUGAUGUUUCCUUUCCCAAAGCUGAAGGAGACCUUGAUAUUGAAGGUCCUGAUGUCAAAGGAGGAAAGUUCAAAAUGCCAAAGUUUGAUGUUUCUUUACCAAAAGUCAAUCUCCCAGAGGGUGGCAUCAAAUUUAAAGGUCCAGACUUUGGAGGAAAGCGGGAAAUGACAGAUGUUGAUGUCUCACUUCCCAGGGGAAAAGUUGAAGGAGAUUUUGACAUUGAAGGUCCCGAUGUCAAAGGACGAAAGUUAAAAAUGCCAAAGUUUGAUGUUUCUUUACCGAAAGUCAGUCUCCCAGAGGGUGGCAUCAACCUUAAAGGUCCAGACUUCGGUGGAAAGCUGGAAAUGACAGAUGUUGAUGUCUCACUUCCCAAAGGAAAUGUUGAAGGGGAUUUUGACAUUGAAGGUCCUGGUCUCAAAGGACAAAAGUUAAAAAUGCCAAAGUUUGAUGUUUCUUUACCAAAAGUCAGUCUCCCAGAGGGUGGCAUCAACCUUGAAGGUCCAGAGUUCAGUGUUACAAAGAUUGAGAUGCCUGAUUUAGAUAUUUCAACUCCCAAAGGAAAAAUGGAGGGUGGUGUUGAUCUUGAAGGUCCUGAUGUCAAAGGAGAAAAAUUCAAAAUGCCAAAGUUGGAUGUUUCACUACCAAAAAUCAAUCUUCCAGAGCAUGGCAUCAAGCUAAGAGGCCCCGACCUUGGAGGAAAGGUACAAAUGCCAGACGUUGACAUCUCACUUCCCAAAGGAAAGGUUGAUGGAAGCCUGGAUAUUGAAGGUCCUGAUGUCAAAGGAGGAAAGUUCAAAAUGCCAUCAAUAGAUGUUUCUUUACCAAAAGUCAAUCUCCCAGAGGGUGGCAUCAAACUAAAAGGACCAGAGUUCAGUGGUACAAAGAUUGAGAUGCCUGAUUUAGAUAUUUCAACUCCCAAAGGAAAAAUUGAGGGUGGUGUUGAUCUUGAAGGUCCUGAUGUCAAAGGAGGAAAGUUAAAAAUGCCAAAGUUGGAUGUUUCAUUCCCAAAAGUCAAUCUUCCAGAACAUGGCAUCAAACUAAAAGGUCCAGACCUUGGAACAAAGAUGGAAAUGCCAGACCUUGAUGUCUCACUUCCCAAAGGAAAAGUUGAAGGAGGCCUGGAUAUUGAAGGUCCUGAUGUGAAAGGAGGAAAGUUCAAAAUGCCAACAUGUGAUGUUUCUUUACCAAAAGUCAAUCUUCCAGAGGGUGGAAUAAAACUAAAAGUUCCAGAACUCAAAGGAGGAAAGAUGGAAAUGCCAGAUGUUGACGUCUCACUUGCUAAAAUAAAAACAGAGGGGGAAAUAGGAAUUGAAGGACAAGUUGGCAAAGGAGGAAAGUUACAUAUGCCCUCUGUUGAUAUAUCGCUUCCUAAAAUGAAAACAAAAGGUCCAGGGAUAAACAUUGAAGGUCCUGACAUGAAAGGUGUAAAGGUCUCUAUGCCAACUGUUGAUGUUUCCCUUCCCAAAGUUGAAGGAGACCUUAACAUUGAAGGUCCUGAUGUCAAAGGAGGAAAGUUCAAAAUGCCAAAGUUUGAUGUUUCUUUACCAAAAGUCCAUCUCCCAGAGGGUGGCAUCAAAUUUAAAGGUCCAGACUUUCAAGGAAAGCUGGAAAUGACAGAUGUUGAUGUCUCACUUCCCAAGGGAAAAGUUGAAGGAGAUUUUGACAUUGAAGGUCCCGAUGUCAAAGGAGGAAAGUUCAAAAUGCCAACAAUAGAUAUUUCUUUACCAAAAGUCAAUCUCCCAGAGGGUGGCAUCAAACUAAAAGGACCAGAGUUCAGUGGCACAAAGAUUGAGAUGCCUGAUUUAGAUAUUUCAACUCCCAAAGGAAAAGUUGAGAGUGGUGUUGAUCUUGAAGGUCCUGAUGUCAAAGGAGGAAAGUUCAAAAUGCCAACCUUUGAUGUUUCUUUACCAAAAGUCAAUCUUCCAGAGGGUGGAAUCAAACUGAAAGGUCCAGAACUCAAAGGAGGAAAGAUGGAAAUGCCAGAUGUUGAUGUCUCACUUGCUAAAAUAAAAACAGAGGGGGAAAUAGGAAUUGAAGGACAUGUUGGCAAAGGAGGAAAGUUACAUAUGCCCUCUGUUGAUAUAUCCCUUCCUAAAAUGAAAACAAAAGGUCCAGGGAUAAACAUUGAAGGUCCUGACAUGAAAGGUGGAAAGGUCUCUAUGCCAACUGUUGAUGUUUCCCUUCCCAAAGUUGAAGGAGACCUUAAUAUUGAAGGUCCUGAUGUCAAAGGAGGAAAGUUCAAAAUGCCAAAGUUUGAUGUUUCUUUACCAAAAGUCCAUCUCCCAGAAGGUGGCAUCAAAUUUAAAGGUCCAGACUUCGGAGGAAAGCUGGAAAUGACAGAUGUUGAUGUCUCACUUCCCAAGGGAAAAGUUGAAGGAGAUUUUGACAUUGAAGGUCCCGAUGUCAAAGGAGGAAAGUUCAAAAUGCCAACGUUUGAUGUUUCUUUACCAAAAGUCAAUCUCCCAGAGGGUGGCAUCAAACUAAAAGGACCAGAGUUCAGUGGUACAAAGAUUGAGAUGCCUGAUUUAGAUAUUUCAACUCCCAAAGGAAAAAUUGAGGGUGGUGUUGAUCUUGAAGGUCCUGAUUUCAAAGGAGGAAAGUUCAAAAUGCCAACAUUUGAUGUUUCUUUACCAAAAGUCAAUCUUCCAGAGGGUGGAAUAAAACUAAGAGGUCCAGAACUCAAAGGAGGAAAGAUGGAAAUGCCAGAUGUUGAUGUCUCACUUGCUAAAAUAAAAACAGAGGGGGAAAUAGGAAUUGAAGGACAAGUUGGCAAAGGAGGUAAGUUACAUAUGCCCUCUGUUGAUAUAUCCCUUCCUAAAAUGAAAACAAAAGGUCCAGGGAUAAACACUGAAGGUCCUGACAUGAAAGGUGGAAAGGUCUCUAUGCCAACUGUUGAUGUUUCCCUUCCCAAAGUUGAAGGAGACCUGAACAUUGACGGGCCUGAUGUCAGAGGAGGAAAGUUAAAAAUGCCAAAGUUUGAUGUUUCUUUACCAAAAGUCCAUCUCCCAGAAGGUGGCAUCAAAUUUAAAGGUCCAGACUUCGGAGGAAAGCUGGAAAUGACAGAUGUUGAUGUCUCACUUCCCAAGGGAAAAGUUGAAGGAGAUUUUGACAUUGAAGGUCCCGAUGUCAAAGGAGGAAAGUUCAAAAUGCCAACAUUUGAUGUUUCUUUACCAAAAGUCAAUCUCCCAGAGGGUGGCAUCAAACUAAAAGGACCAGAGUUCAGUGGUACAAAGAUUGAGAUGCCUGAUUUAGAUAUUUCAACUCCCAAAGGAAAAAUUGAGGGUGGUGUUGAUCUUGAAGGUCCUGAUGCCAAAGGAGGAAAGUUCAAAAUGCCAAAGUUGGAUGUUUCAGUACCAAAAGUCAAUCUUCCAGAGCAUGGCAUCAAACUAAAAGGUCCAGACCUUGGAGGAAAGGUACAAAUGCCAGACGUUGACAUCUCGCUUCCCAAAGGAAAAGUUGAUGGAAGCCUGGAUAUUGAAGGUCCUGAUGUCAAAGGAGGAAAGUUCAAAAUGCCAACCUUUGAUGUUUCUUUACCAAAAGUCAAUCUUCCAGAGGGUGGAAUCAAACUGAAAGGUCGAGAACUCAAAGGAGGAAAGAUGGAAAUGCCAGAUGUUGAUGUCUCAUUUGCUAAAAUAAAAACAGAGGGGGAAAAAGGAUUUGAAGGACAAGUUGGCAAAGAAGGAAAGUUACAUAUGCCCUCUGUUGAUAUAUCCCUUCCUAAAAUGAAAACAAAAGGUCCAGAGAUAAACAUUCAAGGUCCUGACAUGAAAGGUGGAAAGGUCUUCAUGUCAACUGUUGACGUUUCCCUUCCCAAAGUUGAAGGAGCCCUUAAUAUUGAAGGUCCUGAUGUCAAAGGAGGAAAGUUCAAAAUUCCGACAAUUUCUUUGCCAAAAGUCAAUCUCCCAGAGGGUGGCAUCAAACUAAAAGGACCAGAACUCAGUGGUGCAAAGAUUGAGAUGCCUGAUUUUGAUAUUUCACUGCCAAAAGGAAAAAUUGAGGGUGGUAUUGAUCUUGAAGGUCCUGAUGUCAAAGGAGGAAAAUUCAAAAUGCCAAAAUUGGAUAUUUCAUUACCAAAACUCAAUCUUCCCGAGCAUGGCAUCAAACUACAAGGUCCAGACCUUGGAGGAAAGAUGGAAAUGCCAGACUUUGAUGUCUCACUUCCCAGAGGAAAAGUUGAAGGAGGCCUGGAUAUUGAAGGUCCUGAUGUCGAAGGAGGAAAGUUCAAAAUGCCAACGUUAGAUGUUUCUUUACCAAAAGUCAAUCUUCCAGAAGGUGACAUCAAACUAAAAGGACCGGAGUUCAGUGGUGCAAAGUUUGAGGUGCCUGAUUUAGAUAUCUCACUUCCCAAAGGAAAAAUUGAGGGUGGUGUUGAUUUUGAAGUUCCCGAUGUCAAAGGAGGACAGUUCAAAAUGCCAAAAUUGGAUGUUUCCUUACCAAAAGUCAAACUAAAAGGUCCAGAACUCAAAGGAGGAAAGAUGGAAAUGCCAGAUGUGAAUGUUUCACUUCACAAAAUAAAAGCAGAGGGAGAAAUAGGACAAGGACAAGUUGACAAAGGCGGAAAGUUUCAAAUGCCCUCUGUUGAUAUUUCUCUUCCUAAAAUGAAAACAAAAGGUCCAGAGAUAAACAUUGAAGGUCCUGACAUGAAAGGUGGAAAGGUCUCAGUGCCAUCUGUUGAUGUUUCCUUUCCCAAAGUCGCAGGAGACCUUGAUAUAGAAGGUCCUGAUGUCAAAGGAGGAAAGUUCAAGAUGCCAAAGUUGGAUGUUUCUUUACCAAAAGUCAAACUCCCAGAGGGUGGCAUUAACCUGAAAGGUCCAGACUUUGGAGGAAACCUGGAAAUGCCAGAUGUUGAUGUUUCCCUUCCCAAAGCUGAAGGAGAUUUUGCCAUUGAAGGUCUUGAUGUCAAAGAAGGAAAGUUCAAAAUGCCAUUAAUAGAUGUUUCUUUACCAAAAGUCAAUCUCCCAGAGGGUGGCAUCAAACUACAAGGAUCAGAGUUCAGUGGUGCAAAGAUUGAGGUGCCUGAUUUAGAUAUCUCACUUCCCAAAGGAAAAGUUGAAGGAGGCCUGGAUAUUGAAGGUCCUGAUGUGAAAGGAGGAAAGUUCAAAAUGCCAACAUUUGAUGUUUCUUUACCAAAAGUCAGUCUUCCAGAGGGUGGAAUCAAAAUGAAAGGUCCAGAACUCAAAGGAGGAAAAACGGAAAUGUCAGAUGUGGAUGUUGCACUUCCCAAAAUAAAAGCAGAGGGAGAAAUAGGAAUUGAAGGACAUGUUGGCAAAGCAGGAAAGUUUCAAAUGCCCUCUGUUGAUAUUUCUCUUCCUAAAAUGAAAACAAAAGGCCCAGAGAUAAACAUUGAAGGUCCUGACAUGAAAGGUGGAAAGGUCUCCAUGCCAUCUGUUGAAGUUUCCAUUCCCAAAGUUGCAGGAGACCUUGAUAUAGAAGGUCCUGAUGUCAAAGGAGGAAAGUUCAAAAUGCCAACAUUUGAUGUUUCUUUACCAAAAGUCAAUCUUCCAGAGGGUGGCAUCAACCUGAAAGGUCCAGACUUCGGAGAAAAGCUCGAAAUGCCAGACAUUGACGUCUCACGUGCCAAAGGAAAAGGUGAAGGAUACUUGGAUAUUGAAGAUCCUGACGUCAAAGGCGAAAGGUUCACAAUGCCAACUUUGGAUAUUUCUUUACCAAAAGUCAAUAUUCCAAAGUUUGAUUCAAGUUUGGAAGGACCAGAUAUCAAAGGAAAAAAUAAAAUGCCAAAAGGAAAGGUUGAAGCUGUCCUUGAUGUUGAGGGUCCAGAGAUGAAGGGAGGACAGUACAAAAUGCCAUCGUUUGAUGUAUCUUUACCAAAAGUCAAUUUUCCAGAGGGUAGUGUUAAAAUAAAAGGUCCAGACUUUAGAGGAAAGAUCGAAAGGCCAGAUGUGGAUGUCUCACUUCCCAAAGGAAAAGCUGAAGGAGAAAUAGAAAUUGAAGGUCAUGUUGGCAAAGGAGGAAAGUUCCAUAUGCCCUCUGUUGAUAUUUCUCUUCCUAAAAUGAAAACAAAAGGCCCAGAGAUAAACAUUGAAGUUCCUGAUGUUAAAGGUAGAAAAGUCCCCAUGCCAACUCUUGAUGUUUCCCGUCCCAAAACGAAAUCUACAAAAGUGGAUGUCAGCUUUGAUGGUCCUGAUGUCAAAGAUGGAAAAGUCACCAUGCCUGGAAUGAAAGAAGAUAUUCAUCCAGCCACAUUUGAUGUUAAAGGUGUGGACAUUAAGACAGGUAGUGUAGAAGGUCCAAGUUCAUCUCUUAAAGUUCACACUGUCAAACUGCCAACAGUGGACAUCUCUGCUCCAAAGGUAGACCUAGACUUCGGCAUCUCCAAGCCAAAAGGUGAUGAUGUGGAAGUGGCACUUUUGAAGGCUGAGGGAAGUCGGCCUUCUUCAGGAGGGAGCUUUGAUUUACCCAGUGUCUCUCUCAAAGUCCCCAGCUUUUCUCUUCCGAGGUUUGGUGGGAAGUCCAAGAGUGGAAAUCUGGAGAUAUCAGGACAGCGCAGUGAGGGGGACAUUUCUCUCAAAGCACCUUCCAUGGAGUUGGACCUAGAUAAAAACACUAAGGGGAAAAAAAUUAAACUCAAAAACCCUUCUUGGGGAAUAGCUAAAGUAGAUGCAGAUGUGUCCGUGUCUUGUCCUGAAUUAGAUGUUAAUUUAAAAAAGGGAGCAAUUGGCGUUCCUAAAUCAGAUGUUCAACUCCUGGAGGCCAACAUGGAAGGAAAAGGUCGCUUCCAUGCACCUGAUGUCACCAUCAAACUACCAAAGUUCUCCAUGCCAGCAUUUGGUUCAAAGGAUGGAGAUUUAGGAAUGCCAAGUGGUGACCUUGAAACUAAGGCUAAGGUCAAGAUGCCGUCUGUGGAGCUGUCACUUCCAGCCUCUAAAUCACCAGAAACUGAGGUUCUUCUCCCCAAAGCAGAAGUGGACGUAUCAGACGCGGACAUCAGAGCCUAUGAGGGAGACUUGAAAAUCCCCAAGAGACCUGCAAUUGAUGUCUCCAUCCCCAAAGUAGACCUGGCUGUGACACUUCCCAAAAUAAAACAUGACCCCAGUUAUGAGAAGGAUGGAGCCAAAUUCAAGAUGCCUGAUGUUGGCCUGUCCCUACCUAAAGGAAAAGUAGGCAAUAUUGAAGGCAGUCGUGGAGCUGAAGUUGAGGGGGGGAAGUUCACAAUGCCUCACAUAAGCAUUCCUGAUGUGGACAUAUCACUUCUGAAAGGAAAACCUUCAAAAACUGAAGAACCAGAAGUUGAACUUAAAGGAAAGCUAAAAAUGCAGCCAGUGGAUGUGUCCCUCCCCAAGGCACCACAUGUUGACAUACAUGGAGGCGACUUGAAGACUCCACAUGCUGACAUUAACCUGCCAGGAACAAAAGCCGGAGCAAAAAUUGAAGUUGACACAAAAGUCCUUUCAACAGAUGUGGACAUUGAUGUGAGUCUCCCUAUAGCCAAACAAGACACAGGCAUCAAAGAGAAAGUUGAUGCGCAUGCUGAAGGAGCGCAUUCAGGCCUGAAACUGAAGAUGCCGACGCUGGACAUCAAAGGUCCGAAAGGAGACCUGGAGCUGGAUUUAGGACGAGGCAAAGGAGAGGCCACAACUGAAGGCAGCAGCAAAGUCAAAGGGCCAAAAGUGAAAGGAACAAAGUUUAAUAUUGGAAUGCCAAAAAAGAAAAAUGGUGGAGGCGUAACAAUAUCCCAAAAUGUUAAGUAUGAAAUCGACAUUGGUAAACCUGGAAUUUCUGCUCCAACAUCCACAUCCCACAACGGACACACAGGGGGUCCAAACAUCCAAAUGGAAGGUGUCACGUUACCAAGUGGCUCAGCCAGUAUGGGGACAGGAGGAGGAAGUGGCCUCCCAAGGAUUCCAGACAUAGACUUUGACAUUGGCACAUCACAAGAUGAAGAUGAGGAAAGGAAGGUCAAAAUUCCAAAAUUUGGUGUUCCCUUACCCUCUAUGUCAUCCCCUGAAGGAAGGAUGGAGUUAUGUGGGCCAGAGAUCAGAUAUGAGGGCCCCAAGGUACCCAAGGUGAAAAAAGCCGUUUUUGUUUUAGUAAAUCCACCUCAAACAGAGGAUGUCACUUUAUCUACAGGUGAUACUAUCCAGAAGACAACAAAGAUCCAACCAAAGUCCAUAGAAACAUCUGUCACACAGGGAGGAACUGUUAGAAUUCCUGAAAUGUCAGUCAGUGCUGGAAAAUCAGGGUCAGCUGACGUCACGCUCAAGGCAGAAGGUUCAAGUUCAAGUCCUCACAAGGUCUUCAAAGAUGACAUAAGCACAGUGAGCGGAAAGGUCAAACUUCCAAAGGUAGAAUUCACAUCUCAUUACGGAAAGAAGACUGCAGCAGAUUCCAACCUGGAAAUGAGAAGCAAAGUGGUUAAACAUUCGUCAUCAGGGGAAAUUGACCGAGGCCCUGCAGGGCUUCAGCUAAAACCCAGCAAGAUUUCAUUUGAAGGUUCUCAUGAGGACUCCUCAGAGGAAGUUGUCUCACACUCUAGGACGGAAAGGCUGGAGAGGGACAGCUCCGGUUCUCCUUCUGGUUUUACUGUGGAAUUCAGCUCAGCAAAGGUCCAAACCUGGAGCAAGGUGGGCACCAAAGGAGACUCCCAAGAGGGAGAGUCUUCGCCCUGGUUCAAGGCACCAAAGUUCACCCUGAAGCCACACUCCACAGGCUUCCUCCAGAUCACUCCAGAGGGGUCUCCUCAGGCCCAGCGCCGAGGAGAGGUGGGGGGAGAGGCCAACGUAUCGGGGUCCUUCUGCAUGCACACGUCAGACGUGGACGUCACCACCCGGGAAGUGUCUUCCUUGGGGGGAGGGGCCGUCACCACCACGACCAAGACAUCCAGGAUUACGCGGCACUCCACGCCGGCCGGGACGCGGACGGGCGAAUCGUUGGUGAGCACUCGCCAGCCCUCAGACCUCUGAGGAGGACGUGAAUGUCUUCUUUUUUUUCUACUUUGCCAGCAUUAACAGUAGAGUAAUAUAUAUUUACCUUUUCAUUAUAAUUGUGCCUUUUUUGUUACUCCUGCUCAAAGUGUGUUAGAAUAGUUGGUGUUAAGAUUUCACACUAAAUGUGAUUCUUUUAUGUUAAGUCACAGAAGUUCCAUUUACUGCCAGAGGACAAUGUAAAUACAAGUCAUGUAUGGAGCUAAAGGUCUUUUUUUUGCAUUAUUAGCAUUUUCUCUGAGAGUUGCAGUCACAAUUGCUUUUGUUUGUACUUAUGCUUCUUUGCAUUUUGUUUUUUUAAGCAUUUAGCCUGUCAGUCAUGCCCAAACAUACUUUUUUUUGUAUCAUCAUCAGUAACUGUAAAGCUUCCAGCGGCUGGCUGUCAAACAUUUCGUUCAAACUGCUGCUUUUUUAGUUCACAUUUCUAUUUUUCAUGCACCGCCAUUGCCACUUUCCGACAUUCAGCUCCUUUUUAGAGAACAUCAGGUUGUGCAAAAAGUUGGGCAUGUGCAUUCAAAAGUUUAGAGAAGGUCAAAUUAAGUUCGCCUGUAAAGGUUACAGGGCAUUUUAGCUUCAUCCUGAAAUUUCACCCAAAAGAUCAAUAUCCCUAACUUUUUGUGAGCAGAGUAGAUGCACUCACAAGGCAGAUCAUUCCUUUUGAUGAUCUGUAAUCACAGAUUAAUAAAAUUGAGCCGGACUUUGGACACUCCUGCUCGAUGGACACUACUUUAUCAGCUUUCACUCCUUUUGGAUUUUUUUUUUUUAAAUAGGAAUUUUGUCCAUUUGUGAGUCCGUUUAAGAACCUACAUCAGAAAUGGACCGUCCCCAAAGUGUUCCCACAACACUGGAAGCACGCAAUGUCUCGCUAAGAUGAAGAAUUAAGAUUCACGGACAACUAAACAGUGUCUGAUUGAUUCCUACAGUGAGUUCUAAACCCACUUACUCUCGCCCAAAAUCAUAAAUGAAGCAUUAUUAUCUUGGGAAUACAACUAACAUCUAACAUGUGCAGUCAGUCAAUUUGCGAACCUUUCAAGUGGACGUUGUAGAAUGUACACAUCCGGUUUAUGACUUUGGCUGGCUUUCCUUGCUGUGCCUGUUUUGCAGGUGAACACAUUUGAUUUUUUUUUCUCAAUGUUUCAAAUGCUGGAUGAAGUUACGUUAUGUUGUGUAGAAAUGAUCUUCCAUUAUGGUUUGGUCAUAUAGUUUAUUUUAUUUUUGUUUUUUGUUGUGUAAGUGGCACGUGUUGUGUCCUCAAAUGCAUUGGAGAGAUUGUUGGUUAAGAUAAAUAAAAUAAUAUAUUCAUGCAAAAAAGGUUGUUCCAGUGUUGU